UGCGGCACUUGGGAUAAUAUUUAUAUGAAAUAAAUAGUUCUUUGCCACUGAUCUUAAAUGGGGACUAUUUCAGGAAUAUCAUUUGACAAUCACGUUCUACGAUGGUACUUCGUUUGUUGUUGUUUUCUAAUUGUAAAGAUGUCGUUUAUGUCGGUUUUCACGACAAUAAAAAGAGUGAUACAUAAGGCUUUUUCAAGUCCCGAAGACACAAAACAAAUGGCAGUUGAACCACAAGAAAAUGAAAAUGUGGAGAGGGUGAGAAGGGCACAUUUAAAUGAUCUGGAAAACAUCCCACUCUUUUUCGUCGCUGGGUUAAUAUACACUUUUGCAAAUCCUGAAGAAACAGCAGCCAAGGUGCUAUUUGUAGUGUAUGUAGUCACGAGAUAUUUACAUACUAUCGUAUAUGCUGUUGUUCCUAUUCCUCAACCAGCUAGAGGUCUGUCUUGGAGUGUUUGAUAUCUUAUUAAUAUAUACAUGGCAAUGUACAGCUUGAUACAUUUUCUAAAAUCAAGUUCAGUCUGAUGUUUUUAAUCUUGAUUAAAUGUAUUAGUUCAAUAAGAGUAUAAUGAUUGUUACAGCAAAAAUUAACUUACAUAAACAUAUUAGGUUAGAAAUUAUUUUAGUUAAUUUAAAU